GGUGAGAGAGCGAGGGAAUGUUUCUAGGUGCCAGAACAACUUCACGAAUGUUCCACAACAUUAACUGUAACUCUAACGGGAUAAAAAUUACGACGUGUUGUUCUAAUUAAUCUAAGAUUGUAAGCGUAGGUAAAUCACUGUGGUGGAAGAAGAACAUUUAAGUAUGGGAUGUAAUUGGAAACUAAUCAACUCCAGGAUGUUAAUCUCCAGGUAGCUGCGCUUCUCCGCACCGAGCAGUUUGUUUGUUUGUUUGUUUGUUUGUUUGUUUAUUGCAUAGUCGGGCAUCGUGCACGUUGCCGUGGAGACGUCAGGGCGUUCCUUUUAGAGGCGGUCCCGUUUAUUACUGAAACGCCCCCUCCCCCAUUGAGACAGGCACGCGCGCGCGUCCCCGCGGCCCAAUGACAGCGCGAGACCAGAGCAACCGGAGACGCGAGGCGACGCUGACGGAGGAGAGCGCGCAGAUGGAGGCCAAGCCGCCUGUAUUAUAGCAGGAUGCAGUAAGACACCGUACCAGUCACAAAGGGGCAGAAACUCGCGUCUGGCCACGGCCCCUGAUCUUCCCCACAACUCCAGAAGAUGUACAGCGGUGCAGCGCGAGGCGUCAGCCAUAUUGAGGGCAGCCCAGCUCGUUCUCCUCGCCUGCCCCGAUCGCCCCGUCUGGGACACCGCAAGGUGACUGGCGCCAGUUCGGGUGCCAAGACUCUGUCCAUGGAGAACAUCCAGUCUCUAAACGCUGCCUAUGCUACAUCAGGCCCCAUGUAUCUGAGUGAGCACGAGGCUGUGGGCUCCACCGCCACCUACCCGAGAGGCACCAUGACGCUGGGACGCGGCGCCAGCCGGGCUGUCUACGGAGGACGCGUCACUGCCAUGGGCAGCAGUCCUAACAUCGCGUCCAUGGGCCUGGGACCACACGCAGAUCUCCUAUCUUAUGGUGAACUGGGUUCGCUAGGUUCACUGGCCCUGCAGCAUCACCAGCAGGGGGCGCUUCAGGCACAGCUCCGGGACAUGCAGCGUGAGAACGAGAUCCUGCGUCGAGAGCUGGAGCUCAAGGAAAGCAAGCUGGGUUCCUCAGCAAACAGCAUCAAGAGCUUCUGGAGCCCAGAGUUGAAGAAGGAGCGUGGGAUGAGGAAGGAGGAAGCAGCACGCACCUCAGUGCUUAAGGAGCAGAUGAGGGUGACGCACGAGGAGAAUCAGCACCAGCUGGACGCUCGAAGGAUGAAGCAUCUGCAGAUGACCAUUCAGGCUCUUCAGGAUGAGCUGAGGACCCAGCGUGACCUGAACCACCUCCUGCAACAGGAAAGCAAUUCCAGACCUGCCGGAGCAGAGCACUUCACCACCAUCGAGCUGACUGAGGAGAACUUCCGCCGCCUGCAGGCCGAACAUGACCGCCAGGCCAAAGAGCUCUUCCUGCUGAGGAAGACUCUGGAGGAGAUGGAGCUGAGGAUCGAGACACAGAAACAGACGCUGGGCGCCAGGGACGAGUCCAUCAAGAAACUCCUGGAGAUGCUGCAAAGCAAAGGGCUCCCUCCGGUGUCUGGGAGAACCUCAGACGAGGAGGAGCAGGACAGGGCAAGAAGAAUCGCAGAGGCUGAGGCUCAACUCGGGCACCUCGAGGUCAUACUGGACCAGAAGGAGAAAGAGAACCUUCACCUGAGAGAGGAGCUUCACCGAAGAAACCAGCUGCACCAGGACCCGAGCAAGACCAAAGCCCUGCAAACGAUCAUAGAGAUGAAGGACACGAAGAUCGCCUCUCUGGAGCGGAACAUCCGAGACCUGGAGGACGAGAUUCAGAUGCUGAAGGCCAACGGCCUGCUGAGCACAGAGGACCGCGAGGAGGAGAUUAAACAGAUGGAGGUUUACAAGAACCACUCCAAAUUCAUGAAGACCAAGAUUGAUCAGUUGAAGCAGGAGCUGUCGAAGAAAGAGUCGGAGCUGCUGGCUCUGCAGACCAAGCUGGAGACUCUAAACAAUCAGAACUCAGACUGCAAGCAGCACAUCGAGGUUCUCAAAGAGUCUCUGACGGCCAAAGAGCAACGAGCAGCUAUUCUGCAGACUGAGGUGGAUGCUCUGCGGCUACGUCUCGAGGAGAAGGAGUCCUUCCUGAAUAAGAAGAGCAAGCAGCUGCAGGACCUGACCGAGGAGAAAGGCACACUCGCUGGAGAGAUCCGUGACAUGAAGGACAUGCUGGAGGUCAAAGAGCGCAAAAUCAACGUACUGCAGAAGAAGAUUGAGAACCUGCAGGAGCAACUGCGGGAUAAAGAUAAACAGCUGGGGAACCUGAAGGACAGAGUGAAGUCCCUGCAGACCGACUCGACCAACACGGACACGGCCCUGGCCACGCUGGAGGAGGCUCUGUCUGAGAAGGAGCGAAUCAUCGAGCGUCUGAAGGAGCAGAGAGAGCGAGAGGACCGGGAGCGCGUGGAGGAGCUCGACUCGUACAAGAAAGAGAACAAAGAUCUGAAGGAGAAGGUCAGCAGUCUACAGGUGGAGCUGACAGAGAAAGAGUCCAGUUUAAUAGACCUAAAGGAACACGCCUCCUCUCUGGCCUCGUCCGGCCUGAAGAAAGACUCCAAGCUGAAAUCUUUGGAGAUCGCCAUCGAGCAGAAGAAGGAGGAGUGCAGCAAGCUGGAGACACAGCUGCAGAAGCAAGCCGAGCAGCUGUUCAAUCAGAUGAACAACCCUAAGGCCCAUGAUGUGGAGGUCCAGCAGGGUUCUCGGGGGAACCCGGACUACAUGGAGCGAGUAAAACACCUGGAGAAGGAGGUGACCUUCUACAAGGAGGAGUCGGGGAAAGCACAGACAGAGGUGGAGAGGCUGCUGGAUAUCCUCCGCGAUGUGGAAAGCGAGAAGAACGACAAGGACAAGAAGAUUGCCGAGCUGGAGAGAGCCCCUGCUGAAUCCGCCCCCUCAGUGUCCGCUGCCCCCCCGCAGAUUGGGGGUAUGGUGUGGGACUUCCUGGGAAAUCUUGCACCAAGGCAGAGCAAAGACCAGAACAAAAAGGGGCCUGUCAUAAAGCUUGGGCAGCAAGGAGAGAAAAAAGGCAGCAGCAUUCUGCCGGACCCUCGUAAGGACAACCCCAUGGACAAUACCAAGAUGGAGGAAUUGAUGACGGUGCUGGAAAAGACGAGGCAGGAGUUGGAGGCCACUAAGCAGCGCUUGUCUUCAACCCAGCAAUCUUUGACCGAGAAGGACGGACACUUGACCAACCUCCGUCAGGAGAGACGCAAGCAGCUGGAGGAAAUUCUGGAGAUGAAGCAGCAAGCCCUCCUGGCUGCCAUCAGUGAGAAGGAUGCCAACAUCGCCCUGUUGGAGCUUUCUUCUUCUAAUAAGAAGAAAAUCCAGGAUGAGGUCAUGUCGUUAAAGCGUGAGAAAGAUAGGCUAAUGCAACAACUCAAGCAGCAGACCCAAAGCAGAAUGAAAUUAAUGUCAGACAACUACGAAGAUGACCACUACCAUCCUCAUGCUCCCCCGCAGCACCACCACCACCAAUCGGGACCCCCACACCCGCACCCACAGGGCCCACCUCCUGCCCAGGGCCAGCCUCUGUACCCACAUGCCCCCGUUCCUCAACAGCAACCACCCUACCCACACACUCUCCAUCCCCAACAUCCUCAACCCCUACCUCCACACCCUCAUCCUCAACAGACACCACAUCCUUCAUACCCGCAACACCCCCAGCCACCUGGCCCCCAUCAACACCCGCCCAGGCCCCAGCAGCCCCACCCACAGCACCAGCACUCUGGUCCUCCUCCUCCUCAGCAACACCCGCAACAUUCUCAACAUGGGCAACCACUGCAGCAGGGCCCCCAUUCUCAGCACCCCCAACACCCACAACACCCUCAACACCCUCAACACCCCCACCACCCUCCUCAUGCUGCCCCUCAUGGACCACACCCUCGGCAUCCACCCCCACACCACCGUGCCCCCGCCCGCGGGCCGCCCCACCAAGGACACAGACCCACUCCAGAUCCGGAUGACGAGGAGGGCAUUUGGGCAUAACCAUUUCAAACCAAAGCUGUGCAGAUCUUAUAUAGGGUGAAAGUUGGAGGUGCAUAACCAUGUCAUACAGAUGAAACUAUCCAUUAUCCACUUGGCCGGACUCUGUCUCCCAUCAGACAUGUACUUCAGCAGAGAGCCUUCACACUGAGGAAGAGGAGCAGGAGGGGUGUGAAUGUGUGAGGCCCGGGGGAAAACUCACACCUGAGCAGAUGUGGGAAGAAAUAAGGAUGGAGAGAUUUGCAGGUCUGGAUGCUAGAGAUGCAGAUGCACCUGGUGCCUGAUGGAAUAUUGAUCAAAACACCACUCUGGACACCUUACUUGAACAAAAGCCGUAGGAUGUCCUCAUAUGCAGCUGACCUGCCUUCAUCCGUUUCACCUUCUUAUCUCCAGCCUCUUCGAUGUGACUCUGUCUGCUCGUUCACGCUCGUCCGUGCCCCGUCUCUGACUCAGCAGCUGAGCCUGGACUAUGGGUCCCGCCAAUCCAAAAAAAAUUAAAAAAUGACUCAUUUCACAUCUCUUUGUCAACUGCCAGAAGGUUCUGUGAUCAUGACUUUAAAACCAACGUUUGACAACGUUUAAAAAAUUGUCUGUCAUCUAUAAAUUUGUUACUGUUUUGUUACAGAAUUAUAAUUUGAUAUAUAAGUUCAGUACAUAGUGAAUUUCAGCACCUAGUGUUGAGUAAACUGGGGGGUGCAGUUUGAGGGAAGUUUCUGGUGUCUUCUUAGUGACAGUGUGGAGUUAGCAGGACGUCAGGGCAAGUUUCGAGUCAGUGCAGCUCUGUCACUGGCAGCCGUCUGUGUGGCCGUACGGAUGACUCUACAAAUCUGUUUCUUCCUGGUCAGAAAAAGGAUAUGAAACAUUUGAAGUGUGCCCCCCUUGUCAUUGAAGUGUGCCCUUUAAAAAUGACCCUUGAGGACUGUAUCCAUCUUAUGGUAACGAGCUAGCUAGGUGGACGAUAUUUAGCUUUGUGGCAACGACUAACUAUCAAGCUAGUUGGCUAUUUGGUGAUUUCUCUACAGUUACUCGAAUGCUGUACAGUUCUCUUUGAGAUCUGAAGUUAGCGGGCCAUUAGCUUGCUAAAUAAUUAGGUUUUGUUUACCGUGUGGUACUCCAGUGUCGGCCCAAUGUUACAUAACAGUUGCUAGCUUAAUUAUUAGCAACUCAAGUAUGUGUGUAAACACUUUGGUCAUCAUAUUUAUGCAAAUGGAUGUCAGAGGGUUCCUCUAUAAUCAAUGUGUCAGCUGUACUGGUGGUUUUUUCUGCUCAUGUUCCUCAUUGGUGUCUUGGUUUAUGUGUGAUGCUACGCACCUAUGCACCUCCGCUGCCAUCCCCUCUGGGCUGCUGGAUUCACCCAAACCAUCAUGAUGUAAAUCACCAAAAUGGGCUUAAAACAGAAGAGGUAGAAUCUUCUGCCCGACUCCAGGGUUUUAUUCCUAAUGGUGCUUUUAUCGGUGCUUUACACCCAAACCAGUAUGGAAACAGCCAUCGUUACACUGACUGGUCAUCUGUUAUAAUGCGUUGCUUUGCUGUUAAUCGACACUCGAUUGGUCAAGUUUCAGGUCUGUGACACUUAUCGUUGGGUGUUUGGUAAAGAUUUCAGUAUAUUCACCAUUCAUAUCAGAACAAAAUGAUCUGCCUGUUGUUAUAGGAAGUCAGAUUUGUUGUGUCCAGGAAGAAAAUGAGGCUCAGGAUGUGAUCGGGACAAAUGUGAAAACUUUAAGGACUGAGUAUCCUGUUCUCUUCCAAUACCAUCAUUCAUUUCUUUGAAAAUGAUGCCUAAACCCUAAUGACAGAUCAUGUCAUACACAGUGGCUCAUGCCUGGACAAAACAGAUCCAUACACCGGUGUAUAUGAAGUGAUGGUCGUAAUGUUAACAAAUGUAAAAAUGAGAAAAUAUCUUAUUUCCGGGAAGAAAAUUUUGCGAAGUGCUGUUGGGGGCACGGUGGAGGCACGAUGGGGGGCACGGUGGCUUAGUGGUUAGCACGUUUGCCUCGCACCUCCAGGGUUGGGGGUUCGACUGGGGGUUCGGUUUGGGGUUCGAGACUGCGUGCCUCGGGGGUUUCCUCCGGGUACUCCGGUUUCCUCCCCUGGUCCAAAGACAUGCAUGGUAGGUUGAUUGGCAUCUCUGAUUGGAUUGGAAAAUUGUCCGUAGUGUGUGAGUGUGUGAGUGAAUGAGAGUGUGUGUGUGCCCUGUGAUGGGUUGGCACUCCGUCCAGGGUGUAUCCUGCCUCGAUGCCCGAUGACGCGAGAAGUUCAGAUAAGUGGUAGAGAAUGAAUGAAUGAACGUUGUGUCUCUACGGCGAGUCUUUAGAUUGUGAGGCCCAUCACAAGAUCUUCUCUUGAAAAUAAAAACGUGUUCAAUGACGAUUGCAGAAAUGACAGAAUUUGCUUGACCUAGAUGUACAGGCACAGAAAACAAAAAACAAGUAGAGACUCUUCCAGAAAGCAUCCAAACCCUGCUGUGGUUUACGCCUCUUUACAGGGCUAAGCAGGUUCACCGAGUUACCGUCACAAGCUGUAGCUUCCCUAAUCAGCUCAAGAACACACGGCUGAAGGUGUCAGAGGAUCGAUAAACAUUCGGACUUGUCUAUGCAAGAAAUUCGGACCAUUCUCAGCACAUAUUACCAGUGUCGUGGUGAUGUCUUCCCAGUUCGCAAAGAACUUGGCUUUUAUUUAGUUUAAAUCGUAAGCACCGUGAUGACGUCGGCUUGUUUGCGUGACAUCCUGGUUUCGGCAGCUCGGCUGACUGCGACUCGCUCUCGAUGGCUGUUAAGCAACUCGGCCGUGUUUUCCCGAAGUUCUUCAAUGAAAGCCAGAGAAAUCUGUACCUGUACUGGAUUGAGUGUUCAUUGUGGAAUAAUAAGACCAAGACCUGACUGUUAUUACUGAUCUUUUUUGUACAGUUACUGUGAUAUCAUCUUUCUCACGGCUGCCGUCUAGACUGCGAGUCUCAAGUCUCUAACGUUCAGAGUGUCUCUGUGGUCACCGAACAUCAAGCUGCUGUUGUAGAAAAUAUCUUGCUCUUUUCUAAUCCGCUUUUAGACACCGCUGUUACUGUUCGCUCCGUGCUGAAUCUAGAACAUCUAUGCUGUUGCUCAUGAGCGCUCGUUUGUAGCCGUGCCCUUGGAGUGUGUUUUUUGUUUAGUCGCAGUCGUGACCUCGGCUGCUGGGGAUCCGAGCGUUUACUCGUUACCUUCAUUCGCCUGCUGUAUCUGUGGAACAUCUCGUUCUCACCCUACCACAGUUCUCUGUUUGCUGAACGCUACCUACUUGCUGUUGCCAUUGUGUUUGCUUGUUGCCCCUGUUCUGGAGCCUCACAUUGCUGUUCUACAAAGUGUCUUAUUUCCCCCCCAGAUUUACAGUUCUACUUUUUACGUUUAGGAGACAUUAGCUAUGGAUGAUUUAUUAGAGCAUUUCCUUGUUACUGUAGGUCCAGUAAUUAUUGUUCACUGUGAAACAUACAGUAAACCACUGCAGCUCCACAAGGUGAGGCAGUGGUUUCUGAACGAAAUACUGUCACAGGUUUAGAGUUGCUCACUGUAAAGUUAGUACCAAUGUUUAUAUAGCUGUUUUGCUGCCAUGCUUUGGAAUGCCUUGUUGUCACGUCUGGAGCAUCGGUCCACACCUUCCUCACUUGUGGAGCACCCAGCUGGAGCCGGAGUGUGAUAAAGUCACGUGAACACAAAGUGAAGGAUAGAUAGAGGAACGACAGAGAAAAGUUCUGUUUAACUGGAAAAGAACACAAGUGCAAACGAGAUGUGACCGGUGGCUCAAAAAUAGCGACUGUUUCAAGAUGAACGUGGACUCGCUCCUUUUCUUGCAUUUGUGGCCUUUGUACUAAGAUUUAUGUAAAAGAUCGUCAACAGGCGAAGCUGUCGGCUCGAGAAACUCUGCUCUCGAGCGUCUCCCGGCGUGUCCUGAAGCACGGGGUCAGUCUCGAUCACAGCCGUAUAUCACUAGCGUGUUUCUGAAGCCACACACUCCUCAUCUUCACCAGUACCGAGCUCACUCUGUCAUCCGAGCAUCUUAAACCUCACGACACGACGAUCUUCUGUGCAGUUGUAUGUUUGUCGUCAGUAAGUUUAACCUUCAGACGGAAACCGAAAAAAAAAAAAGGUCAGAGGGUGUUUUUUUUCCUCAAUCCAACAUUUUCAGGUCUUUUAACCAUCUUGGAUACUUGAAGCAGGAGUAAAAUCUCCUACCGUGAAACAGAGACAUGUCGUAUGUUGGAAAUGUAAUGUAUAUUAUAAAUAUAUAUUUAAAAAAAAAAAAAACGCACAGAGCCGUCGGCGCACAUCGAGUUCGGUGUCAUUGAGGUGGGUGAAGUGAUCGAAACGAAAAAAAGACUGAGGGGGUCACACUGAGAAAAAAAGGAAUAAUAUAUAUAUAUAUAUAUAUAUAUAUAUAUAUAUAUAUAUAUGUGUGUGUGUGUGUGUGUGUGUGUGUGUGUGUGUGAGAGAGAGCGAGCGAGCACCGGUUGUAUAGUUUAAGUUCACGAUGUCAAAAAAAGGCAAAACCUCUGGAUGUUUAAAAGAAAAAUCACUGUGACCAAUGUUAGAAAAAAGAGAAUAGUUUAUUUAUUUAUUUAUUUAUUUAUUUAUUUAUUUAUUUAUUUUCAUUAUUACAAAUUGUGUGCCGGUCGUUUUGUUCUUUAAUUUUAUGUUUUUGUUUUUACAGAUUAAUUAAGGAUUUGGAAAAUAUUUCAGAUUUCUAUAUGUAAAUGUGUUUACGAUGUGCCGUAACCAUACAGAACAAGAAUAUAAUGGUGAGUGUUCGCAUGCCGAAUGAGUCACGUGUGUGAAACGUGUGUGGGAUUUUAUUAUCCACAGUGCAUCAGUCAGUCCUGGUGUGUGGGACACACUCCACAUCGCAGCGUGUUGGGUUUAUCUCAAGACUGAUAUCUGCUCAUCUGUGCAAGUUACUGACAGUGGGUUAGCAUGGGUCUGUCAUUGUGUGUGUGUGUGUGUGUGUGUGUGUGUGUGUGUGUGUGUGUGUGUGUGUGUGUGUGUGUGUGUGUGUGUGUGU